AGGAGCAAAACGCAUAAAAUACUUGAACGGGUGUGCGUGUUAUUGUUUUGGUUGCCUCACGUCAAGUGUAAGAGUUCUAAGAAAAAUCUGGCUAAUUUGUUACCGUUCGACAAUAUCCGGCCACUUGGCCCCGAUCUGGGACGUGGAUAAAUUAGGCCAAUGAAGAUUUACCGCGGACAUUCAAAAGUUGCCGGGAGAUUUUUGAAAGACUCUAUCUUUAUACGUGCGAGUGUGUUAUGAUUGAAGUCAAACAUAAAUCAUGCUGUCCGAGACAGUUUUGGAUAACAUACAGCCAGUAUUCCGCCAAGGCAGUGCGCGAUGGUGCGUGGGCGUGGACCAGGUGACAGAGGACUCAGACGACCUGGAGGCUGGCUAUAUCUCCAGCGACGAGUCAGCGAGGGGCAUAGACCUGGGCGAGAGGAUCAGGGUUAAACCCAGUAGGGACAUCUGGCCUAUAGAGAGAAUACAGUAUGUGUUACGCCAACUCCCACAUGCUGACACAUUAUACGCUCUCAUUGAAGUAGGGCAGUACGAACAAGUGUUGGAAUUAGCAUCGCAGCCAGAGGAGAGGAAGACGGCCGCGUUGUGGACGUGCUGGCUGGGACGGAGCUCCUUGCUGGCUAGGUUGCUGAAGGUCGGGGUCGAUCCGAACUGGGCUGAUGAUGAUGGCAGGACCUGUCUACAUUUGAGCUGUUUAGUGGCCAGUGAAGAAUGUGUCAAACUGUUACUGGAACAUCACGCAGACCCUAACAGAUGGGACUGUUAUGACGAUGGAAAAGCUACACCACUACAUUGUGCUGCGAGUGCGAAAAGUUUGGCUUGUGUUAAGAUAUUACUGGAAAACGGUGCCGACGUAAAUGCGGGCUUGAGUGAUCGAUCGCCACUGCACUACGCAGUACUGAGUGACGCACCGGACGUGGUCGGCUUGUUGUUGGAAGCCGGCGCCUGUCCUGAUACUCCGCAGGUAUUCACAGAAACGCCACUCCACGUAGCAGCCUCCCUAGGCUCGGCCAAAUGCAUGAAGCUACUCCUAGACGCAGGAGCCGACGUGAGAGCAGCGUUUGGACAGAUGAGGUCUACAGCUUUACACCUCGCAGCGGAAGACGGGCAUGCAGAGUGCGCUAGGUUACUGCUGGAUCACAAUGCGAGGAUUGACUGCCCUAAUUAUAGAGAGCAGACACCGCUUCAUUUAGCUGCCUUAGCUCAAUCCGUAGAGGUGGUGGAGCUCCUAGUCGGUCGGCGGGCCGACGUCCACGCCAAAGAUGUUGACGGCCGAACGCCCCUCCACGGCUCCAUCGUCAGAGGGGCCCGGGCGUGCGACGUGGCGAGGAUAUUACUCACCUUCGGUGCGGACCCUAACGCGCCGGACGAGUUUGGAUACACGCCGCUGCAUAUAGCUGCGUUGAAUGAGUUUUCGGCGUGCGUGUUGUUGUUAUUAGACUACGGAGGUGACCUAACCCUUCGCACAAACGGCGGCGUAUCCGCCCUAUCCUUCGUCGUCCGCCGCGUCCCGGACGUGGUACCCCGCUACCUGUGCAAGUUCGACGACGCGGUCCAUAUGAGCGAGCACGAAUUAGGAGAUGUCGACUGCGAGCUCACUAUUGACUUUAGGCCUCUUGUGCCGAAUUUGAGCCGCGGGGAGGCCGAGUUGCUGCUGGCGUUUAUUGAGGUGGGCCGUAAAGAUGUCCUCAAACAUCCGGUAGCCGAGACGUUCCUGUUUCUCAAAUGGAGGCGGAUAAGAAAGUUUUUCGUUCUAAGUUUCCUCUGUCAUGCCUUGUUCAUCACUAUGUACAGCGUUUAUAUACUUCAAAUUUACCUCUGUGAAGAAGUGACUUGCGACGUAUCAUCGUCUCUCAGCCCGCUACAAUACCUAAUAAUAUUACUAAACAUAGGUUUCCUAUGCAAGGAGAUCUUCCAAGCGUGCCUGGAUUGGAACGCGUAUAUUCGCCAAUGGGAGAACUGGUUGCAAUCUACCAUCGUGUUGGGAGUUUUCUUAAGCACUAUACCCAUAUGGGAGAAAACGGAGACAACGCAACUCCACACGUCGGACUGGCAGCAUGACGUAGCCGCCGUCACGAUAUUCUUCUGUUGGUUGGAGUUAAUGAUGAUCAUUGGCCGAUUCCCAACUUUCGGCCUUUAUGUCCAGAUGUUUACGACCGUGACCGUAAACUUCGCAAUGUUCUUAAUGGCGUAUAGCUGUCUCUUAAUCGCCUUCGGUCUGGCCUUCAGCGUGCUAUUCAGCAACUACCCAGCCUUCCAACUACCAGCAGGCUUAGUAAAGACCGUCAUGAUGAUGUCAGGAGAGCUGGAAUAUGAGGAUAUAUUCUAUAAUAACUGUACGAACUCGCAGAUACAGUAUCCGCUGACGGCGCAUGGGAUGUUUCUGAUAUUUGUGCUGCUUGUGACCGUUAUUUUGACUAAUUUGUUGGUCGGUUUGGCGGUCAGUGAUAUACAGGCUUUACAAGUAUCCGCCGGUUUAGACCGACUGGUGCGCACGACGCAGCUGGUGGGCUACCUCGAGAGUAUGCUAUUCAGUUCCUUGCUAUCAUGGGCGCCCAAGCAAUUAAUACUGCUGUUGCGAUUUGGGGCCUUACUCACGGCGUCGCAGUAUACAAGGACGUUGAAUAUAAGGCCUAACGAUCCAAGGGAGAAUAGAAUUCCAAAGGAACUAAUAUCAUCAAUUUACAAAAUGGUCGCCAGCCGUAAAGUCACCAAGCGCAGCAUACGAAAAAACAACAACUACGAAUGCCGAAUAGAAUGCAAAGAGGAGGUGGAAACAGAGAAACCUCAGCAGUUCAACAAAAGAAAAAGUAACCUCUAUGACAGAUAUUCGUCAGAGGGACAGAACGUAGAAAGAAGAAAAAGAACAACUUCUAGUUCGGACAAUAGAAAUAGGCCUGGAUCAAUGAAUAUAGGUGCUGGUGCUAUACAGGAAAUAUGUAUGGUUGAUAUAAAAACUCAGCUGGCUGAGCUGACUAAGAAAAUUAAUAAGUUGGUUGAGACUACAGAUUCCAGAUUAUGUACAAUUGAGAGGAGAUUAGAUGAUAGGGAUUAUUCAACACCCUAAAAAA